UAUAAUUUAAAAGUGAAAAGUUACUAAAACGCAACGAAAGCAAGCAAAAACGGCACCCAAAUCAAACGCUUGUUGUUCCAGUUGAACUUUGAACUAUGCUGCUGUUCUUCGUUUCAGAUCCACUGAAGAAGAUAGCACCCACCUUCUGAUUUCACGGAUCAAUUUCAAUGUGAUGUAGAUAGAUCCUGUAGAAAAAGCAAGGUUAUGUUAAUGUAUUGAUGUCAAUUCAGGCCUCACAAUGAGUAGAGCAUUUUCAUCAAAGAAAGCAGCUUCCUCUUUGCCUCCACCACCUGCACCAACCACAAAAGUUGCAAAACCCUGUUCUUCUAAGAAGAGGCGAAGUCCUAGAAGCCCGUUACAGAAUCUCAACCGUGUUUCCGGCAGCAGCAAUAGGAGUGAUGGUUCUUCCACUGUCUCAUCAAUUGAACCCCCUAAGGGUUGUCUCAGGUUCUUGUCUUCCUCGUCGUAUAAAACCCCUGUCCACAGGCCAAAGAAUAUUUCAAAAACUCCCAGCUCAGGUGCUAAUGAAACUGCAUUGGAACGGUCUAAAUCCAAGUCCUCGAAGGAGAAUCUCCCGAAGGGUAGUAAUGCUGGGUUGCCAAUGAAAAAGCUUGUGUCGGAUAAGGCGCGGGUGAAUAAGAAGAACCCUCCUUGCCUCUACCAGUGGCAGUCUGGUAAAAAAUCUGGCUCCAGGACUGGCCAAAAGUCUAAGCCUUUGGAUGAAAAUGGCAAGUUUUUACCUACAUUACCAUCUGCAUCCAAGGAGUUAAAGGAAAAGGGAAAGGGAAAGGAAAAGGAGGAUAUCCUGGGAAGGAUAAAUGAUAAUGCUGGUGAGCGUUCCCUUCGCAAAUCGUGUCAUAGUGAUGUAAGUAUGACUCCUUUGAGUAAAAGAAUUAAUGUGUCAGAUUUGGAUAUUACAGGUAAUGGGGAAGUGGAGGAGAACUCAGACACAAGCAUUUGUAGAACACCUCCAAUUCAUAAUUCUGUUUCCCCAGAGAUACAAUGUGUUUCAACAACACCUGCUUGUUAUGGUGCAGGCUAUAUUGUUUCUGGUGUCACUGACAAGAGGAAAUGUAGGCCUAGAGGGAUUCUCACUGUAGAAGAGAAUUGUUCAGAAUUUGCUAAAAUGACUGCUGAUAGUUUUGAUGAUGAUGAGAAGAAGAUUAUAAUAGAUGCUAUUAACGAAGCUAGCCCUACCUUGUUGCCUUUGCCAACUGAAGCUUUAGUGAGGUGGCUUUCUUCUCCAUGUAAAAAGGAAAAGAAAAUUCUGAAGUCUGAAAAUGGACUGAAUCAAAGUCAGGGACUAGCAGAAUCCACAAGUCUUGAUUCUGGUACUUCGCCAUCAUCCAGUUCUAAAACUUUUUGGAAUGUAAGUGAUAGCAGUGAUUUGUCUGGUGCUGCUAAUGGCACUUGGAGCAAAAUGAGUUCCUCAGUUUCUCCAAGUAGACUUUCUAAAUUUCAAGUAGCUUUUGAUUCCAUUGCACCUCCUUCUUAUCCAUCCAUAAUGCUUUCUCCCAACUCCACGCCUUCUUGUAGGGCCUUUAGCUCCGCAAAAGGAAAAAGUGAUCAACACCGUCUCAAUGAUGAUAAUUCUCCCUUCUCCCUGAAUUCAGUUGGAAGUAGAAAUGUUAUUCAAACUCCACAGUCAGAUUCCAGUUCAGAUUUACCUGUUGGACUGUCUCUGGUGAGUGCAUACAAUGGAAAGGAAGAUAGUUCCAACCCUGAGCUUAAUUCAUUCAGUGAAAUUCUUCAAUCAGAAAACUUACUUCUCAAAAGUUCUAUGCCUCUGGAGGAUUCUGUUAAUUCAAGUUUCCAAUUUGAUUGUUUAACUGUGCCUUACGAGUCGAUUGAUCUCAGCAAACUACGAAAACUUCUGGAUGAUCCGGACCCUUGGUUAUCCAGUUCUACAAUGGAGAGUGCAUCUCAAUCCCAAAUGAGGAUAUCAUGGAGGGAAGGGUCAAUGAGCCAACUUUUUGACUGGGAUGAGUUUGACUGUUGUAGAUGCUUGUCAGAUGAAGAAGACCUUGGCAAUGAUCGUGGUAGCAAUAGGUUAGCAAGUACUCAAACUGAAGACAAUGCUGAUGGCAGUGGAAAAUUGAACUGUGAUGUGGGACUGUCUGAAACUGAGGGCAAUGAACUGGAAAUUGAUGGCCAUGACAAAGAAAUGCUUCCAUCUUUGUUAUCAUGUUCAGGUGCUGAGUCCAUAAGCACUGAUGGUGGUGGUCUAGCUGCUUCAAGGGAUGAUGAUUCAGAUUGGAGACUUUACGGGACAUGAACAAGUUAUUUAAAUUUAGGAGUUUACCGUUCAUUGUUUGAUUUUGAGAAAAGUACUUACUGGUUGAGUUGGUUAGUUGAACAAGAUCUUACUUUGAGGUUAUCUGGAAAUCCGUCAUUGCUCAUGUAUACUUGUUAAUCAUAGGUUGAAGGAGGGAUUUCUACUUGGAGGAAGCAAUUACUUUUUUCUUUUUCUAUGUUUCAUGUAAGAAUAGACAUGGUUAACUGCUCAAGUGGUUAAUCAAGUCAACAAUGGUUGCUCAUUAGCCACUCUUUGAACAUUAACUGGUUGAGUUAUUAAUUCUUCCUAAACUAGAAAUAAUUUAACUCACUUCUUGUGAUUGUUUUAGUAAGA